AUGAAGAGCAUCAGCAUCGGCGUCAUUGGUUCGCACGGCGCACCGGCGGUUGUAGCGCGAUGCUCUGGCUUCGUGUUCGUUGCACUGACUGCUUUCAUGCUCUCAGCAUGUGCGCCCAGGGCUGCCGCCAUCCUGCAACCUGCAACAUGUGAUAUCAAGAACUGUAGUGCGAACAGCACAUGUGUCAUGACUACUGGAGUGCCCACCUGUGUUUGUGACUCUGGUUUCGUGCUUCAGUUGGACGGCAGGACGUGCGUCGAUGCCUGCUAUUUCAAGCACUGUGGUGCGAACAGCACCUGUGUCAAGACCAAUGGAGUGGCAUCGUGUGUGUGUGACUCUGGCUUCGUGCUGCAGUCGGAUGGAAGGACGUGCAUCGAUGCCUGCUAUUUCAAGCGCUGUGGUGCAAACGGUGCCUGUGUCAAGAACGGUGGGGUGGCCUCCUGUGUUUGUGACUCUGGUUACGUGCUUCAGUCAGAUGGAAGGACGUGCAUUGAUGCCUGCGUUAUUCAGAACUGUGGUGCAAACGGCACCUGUGUCAAGAACAACGGAGUGGCCUCCUGUGUUUGCGACUCUGGAUUCGUGCUGCAGUCGGAUGGCAAGACGUGCAUUGAUGCGUGCAAGAUUCAGAGCUGUGGUGCAAACAGCACCUGUGUCAAGACUGAUGGAGUGCCCUCCUGUGUUUGCAACUCUGGUUUCGUGCUGCAGGCUGAUGGCAGGACGUGCAUUGAUGCGUGCAAGAUUCAGAGCUGUGGUGCGAACAGCACCUGUGUCAAGAACAAUGGAGUGCCCUCCUGUGUUUGCAACUCUGGUUUCGUGCUGCAGGCUGAUGGCAGGACGUGCAUUGAUGCCUGCAAGAUUCAGAAUUGUGGUGCUUACAGCACCUGUGUCAAGACCGAUGGAGUGGCCUCCUGUGUUUGUGACUCUGGUUACCUGCUGCAGUCGGAUGGCAGGACGUGCAUUGAUGCAUGCAGAAUUCAGCGGUGCGGCUCAUACAGCCGCUGUGUCAAGACCAAUGGAGUGGCGUCCUGUGUGUGCUACACUGGUUACACGCUGCAGUCGGAUGGCAGGACGUGCAAGUAG